CAGACUCCUUCCACCAGCUCCGCCCCCUCUCCCCAAUUAUCGCCCCCUCCCCCGCAGCCUCUGGCGUUGCCAUCCCCAUUGCACAGAUGAGAAUGGCGAGGCUAAGGUAGGUAAGAUGACCUCUCAUAGUAGGACAGGUGCCAGGUGGGCCCGCGUCCCCUCACCGGCUGUCUCUGCGUCCCGCGUCCCCGGCCGCGCCGCACCUACCUCCUGCCCUCGCUCAGCAGCCUCCCCUCCACGGGCGGCCAGCGCAGCUUUGCGAGGGUGGGGAGGAGAGCCGGAGCCCAGCCCAGGGGCGUGGCGGCGCGGGAGGCGCGCGCAGCGCUCCGGGAUUUGUAGUUCUCCCUAGGCUCUUUGCGGCACCGCACGCUUAGAGCAAACUCCAACUCCCAGGAGGCAUUGCAGUGAGCCCUCCAGCUCCCCGCCUCGCCCCCUCCAGAUCUCAGACCUGCUGGCCUUAAAGGGGACGCGGCCUGAGUGGCGGUUCGCGGGGUGGCCCCCGCUCCGGCUCCUCCCCGUUUCCCGCACCUCGCCCCUCCCCACGCUUGGUCCCGCAGCCCCGCAGCCCAGCGGCGGAGCUGCUGACUCGGGCUCCCGGGGUUCAAGCUUGUGCAGAGCUGGGUGGGGAAUUUGGACUUUGCAGUGAAAGCAGCAUCCCUGCCAGCUGGGACCUGGCGGAGGGCGUCCCCACUCCAGGGGGAGCAGAGGACUCGCCCUGACCUAGCCUGGCCUAGCCUAGCCCUGCCAGGCCUGAGCGCCCCGCCCAGGAGCCGGCUCUGAGGCCGGGGCCACCGAGGUCCCAGAGCGUGGCGCCAUGGACAAGAUCCUGGAGGCGGUGGUGACGUCCUCGUACCCCGCGAGCGUGAAGCAGGGGCUGGUGCGGCGCGUGCUGGAGGCGGCGCGGCAGCCGCUGGAGCGGGAGCAGUGCCUGGCGCUGCUGGCGCUGGGCGCGCGCNAGGUGCUGCGCACGGUGUGCGAGCGCCCAGGGCCCGCUGUUUGCGCGCAGGUGGCGCGGCUGCUGGCGCGACACCCGCGCUGCGUCCCAGACGGCCCGCACCGGCUGCUCUUCUGCCAGCAGUUGGUGCGCUGCCUCGGCCGCUUCCGCUGCCCGGCCGAGGGCGAGGAGGGCGCCGUGGAGUUCCUGGAGCAGGCCCAGCAGGUGAGCGGGCUCCUGGCCCAGUUGUGGCGCGCCCAGCCCGCCGCCAUCUUGCCUUGCCUGAAGGAGCUGUUCGCUGUCAUCUCCUGCACAGAGGAGGAACCGCCGUCUAGUGCCCUGGCCAGCGUGGUCCAGCACCUACCAUUGGAGCUUAUGGAUGGUGUUGUCCGGAACCUCAGCAAUGAUGACAGUGUGACAGACUCUCAGAUGCUGACUGCCAUCAGCAGGAUGAUCGACUGGGUGUCGUGGCCCCUGGGGAAGAACAUUGACAAGUGGAUCAUUGCACUGUUGAAGGGCCUGGCCGCUGUUAAGAAGUUCAGCAUCUUGAUCGAGGUUUCACUCGCCAAAAUUGAGAAGGUUUUCUCCAAGCUGCUAUACCCCAUUGUCCGGGGAGCUGCCUUGUCUGUCCUCAAGUACAUGCUUCUGACCUUCCAGCACUCCCAUGAGGCCUUCCACCUGCUCCUCCCACACAUCCCUCCCAUGGUGGCCUCUCUGGUCAAGGAGGACUCCAAUUCGGGGACCAGCUGCCUGGAGCAGCUGGCGGAGCUGGUCCACUGCAUGGUCUUCCGGUUCCCAGGCUUCCCAGAUCUGUACGAGCCUGUCAUGGAGGCCAUUAAGGACCUCCAUGUUCCCAAUGAAGACCGCAUCAAGCAGCUGCUGGGGCAGGAUGCCUGGACCUCGCAGAAGAGUGAGCUGGCUGGUUUCUACCCCCGGCUCAUGGCCAAGUCAGACACGGGCAAGAUUGGUUUAAUCAAUCUGGGCAACACAUGCUACGUGAACAGCAUCCUUCAGGCCUUAUUCAUGGCUUCUGACUUCAGACAUUGUGUGCUCAGAUUGACUGAGAACAACUCGCAGCCCCUGAUGACCAAGCUGCAGUGGCUCUUCGCCUUCCUGGAGCACAGCCAGCGGCCUGCCAUCUCUCCAGAGAACUUCCUGUCUGCAUCCUGGACACCCUGGUUCAGCCCCGGCACCCAGCAGGACUGCUCAGAGUACCUGAAGUACCUGCUGGACCGGCUACACGAAGAGGAGAAGACGGGGACGAGGAUCUGCCAAAAGCUCAAGCAGUCCAGCUUGCCCUCCCCUCCCGGGGAGCCCCCCAGUCCAAGCCCCACGUCUGUGGAGAAGAUGUUCGGAGGCAAGAUUGUGACCCGGAUACGCUGUCUCCGCUGCCUCAACGUCUCCUCCAGAGAGGAGGCCUUCACGGACCUCUCUCUCGCUUUCCCCCCCACCGAGCGCUGUCGCCGCCGCCGCCUGGGCUCGGUGAUGCUCCCUGCAGAGGACCUCGGGGGCCGGGACCCCCCACCACCCUCCCCAGCCCAGGUUCCAAGCAGGGUGGGUCCUCGGAGGCAGAGGAAACACUGUGUCACUGUGUCCCCCCCCUCCGUCCUGGACAUUGAAGGCCUGGGCCCCCAGGGACGUGGGGGGCAGAGCAGUGGGGAGGAGAAGGUGGAGAAGGAGGAGGAAGUAGAGGAGGAAGCACAGGAGGAGGAAAGGACCCAGGAGGAGGAGGAGGAAGAGGAGAAAGAGAAGGAGGAGGAGGAGGAGAAGGCGGAGAAGGAGAAGGAGGCCGAGACCACAAAGGAGAAGGAAGAGGACGGCCCGGAGCCAGGGAGCCACAGGGGUGCCGCCGCCCCCGCCGGAGAGGGUUCCCGCUCCGUGCUGGACCUGGUCAACUACUUCCUGUCCCCCGAGAGGCUGACGGCGGAGAACCGCUACUACUGCGAGCCCUGCGCUUCGCUGCAGGACGCCGAGAAGGCGGUGGAGCUGAGCCAGGGGCCGCGCUACCUCAUCCUGACCCUGCUGCGCUUCUCCUUCGACCUGCGCUCCAUGCGGCGCCGCAAGAUCCUGGACGACGUCGCCAUCCCCUUGCUGCUGCGCCUGCCUCUGGCGGGGGGCCGCGGCCAGGCCUACGACCUGUGCAGCGUCGUCGUGCACUCCGGAGUGUCCUCGGAGAGCGGCCACUACUACUGCUACGCCCGCGAGGGCGCCGCCCGCCCGGCCCCCUCUCUGGGCGCUGCCGACAGGCCCGAGCCGGAGCACCAGUGGUACCUGUUCAACGACACUCGGGUGUCCUUCUCCUCCUUCGAGUCUGUCAGCAACGUCACCUCCUUCUUCCCCAAGGACACGGCCUACGUGCUGUUUUACCGGCAGCGGCCCGGGGAGGGGCCCGAGGCCGAGCUGGGCUCUCCCAGAGGCCGGACGGAGCCCACGCUCCACAAAGAUUUGAUGGAGGCCAUUUCCAAAGACAACAUCCUUUACCUGCAGGAGCAGGAGAAGGAGGCCCGAAGCAGGGCGGCCUACAUCUCUGCACUCCCCGCAUCUCCGCACUGGGGGAGGGGCUUCGACGAAGACAAGGAUGAGGACGAAGGCUCUCCGGGAGGCUGCAGUCCUGCCGGUGGCAGUGGCGGUGACUUCCACAGACUGGUCUUCUAAUGUGGACCCUGCCCCAGCCCACCGCAGGGGAGGCCUUGACCCUUUCCUUCUGGGAACUGGGUGGGGACCGAGGCAGAGGCGCUCUGCCAGGUGGGGUCUGAGGGAGACUGUGGGGGCAGGUCCAGCCCUGAACACAGGCCCUUCCAAGGGCAGGAAAGAUGGAGAGGAAGCUUCUGGGACACUGGUUCUCAGCCUGAAGGGUGUGCAGAGACGCAGAGACAGAGGUGAGAACCAAGCGCCUGACACUGGGCCUCAGGCCCUGACACUGCGAUCAGCCCUAUUAAGACGUCUCACCCAAGUGUCCUGGUCAACUUGAAGCAGCGUAGAUGGACACUCUCUGGGCCUUGUCCCUCCGUCCCCCCAGCAGACUACGUGACGGGGCUGAACUUCACAGCUCUAGUGUUUUGUCAUCAAACAGCAUGUCCCUCCUCACUCCUUUCAGACAGUCCUGUCGCUCUGCAGUAUAAAAAAGCAGAGCGGGAUCUGGGGCCUGUGUGUCGUACUGCGGCCACCUCUUGGGCUCUCUGAGGGCGUUCCAGAGCCGCCGUAUGGGGUUGCCUGCACCCUCGAUGGUACUUUGAGGGGAGUGUAGGGGGGAAGCAGCCUGGCACGGGAUCAGAGACUGUCCAUGCAUAGAGGGGAGAACAGUCCCCCCCACCCCACAGCGGGAGACCCUUAACCCCCAAACCCCAUCUCCCCUAGCCUGCCUCAGUGCCUGAGAUGCCACCAUUUGCAUCCCCUUUCUGGUGAAGAUAGAGAAUCCUUAUUUUACUGCAACUAUGUUUGUGUUUCUCCUGAAGCCAUCGUCUGACCUGAGGAAAGCUGGCUGGCUCAGCGCCUCAUCAUUUGAGCCGUGGCCUAGGGGCUGGGGGGGGUGGUUUGGUGAGGAGCAGAUAGUGACCUCAUUGUGCCCUGACACUGCUGUACCCUUCUACAUGGAGAGAAGAGACUCGGGGUCUCAAACAGGAAUAAAAAUAGGUUCUGCGAAGUC